UAACCCCGCAAAAUUCAGCGCGGGAUUCCGUCCCGCACCGACUUUUAAACCAGACUUCACUCUAAUCCAAAACCUAAAACUCCCUCAAGUAAAGUCUUGUGUCUUAUGUCUUAGCCCCAAUAACCCGAAACAGUCUUUUUCACAUUUUAAGCCUUUUAUUUUUUUUGUUUGUUAAGCACCAAAAAUUAUCAGAGAAACACUUGAACUUUGAUUUCAUUAAUUUCAGCUUCCACAUAGACAGACGCUCUUUUUUCAAACAAUUUUUUAAUCCUUUUGUUUAAAAUUAAAUUUCUUAGACUAUUUAACAAUUUAAUUUAACAAUUUUUAAACCAAACAGAUUAUUAAAAAAGAAAAAAGAAAGAAAUGUCUCCAGUUCAUAGUCCCAUUCUUAAUUUAACACAAAUGCAGCUUUCUUUUGCUGGGUGUGGAUUUCUUUGUAUUUACCAUGCUGGGGUUUGUGCUGCUAUUAAAGAAUACGCCCCACAACUAACUCUUAAUCGGAUAAAAGGAGCUUCCGCAGGUGCAAUUGCAGCUGCUGGUUUAGUUUGUAAUGUGUGUAUGUCACACGCAACCAGUACAAUUUUGCAAAUUGUUACUGAGGCGCGUGCUGGUUCUUUACUUGCACUUUCUCCCAAUUUUGAUGUUCUUGCACUUGUUCGACAAGGACUUGAACAAACAUUACCAGAAAAUGCCCAUAUUCUCUGUACUGGUCGACUUUUUAUUUCCGCUACACGGGCACGGGAUUACAAAAAUGCGCUUAUUUCUGAAUUUGUCUCUCGUGAGGAGUUGAUAGAAGCACUUUUGUGUUCUUGUUUCAUCCCUUUUUAUUGUGGAAGAACUCCGCCAACAUACCGAGGAGAGCAGUAUAUUGAUGGGGCUUUUUCGGAUAAUCAGCCAGGAAAGUGGGAGCCUGGCACUAUUACGGUGAGCCCAUUCAGUGGUGAAUCCGACAUUUGCCCGACUGAUGAGGAUAGUGCAAGGCAAGUUUAG